AUGGCCUGUACCUCUCAGCAUCUCCUGCACCUCUCAGCAUCGCCUGUACCUCUCAGCAUCGCCUGUACCUCUCAGCAUCGCCUGUACCUCUCAGCAUCGCCUGUACCUCUCAGCAUCGCCUGUACCUCUCAGCAUGGCCUGUACCUCUCAGCAUCGCCUGUACCUCUCAGCAUGGCCUGUACCUCUCAGCAUCUCCUGUACCUCUCAGCAUGGCCUGUACCUCUCAGCAUCGCCUGUACCUCUCAGCAUGGCCUGUACCUCUCAGCAUCACCUGUACCUCUCAGCAUCUCCUGUACCUCUCAGCAUCGCCUGUACCUCUCAGCAUCUCCUGUACCUCUCAGCAUGGCCUGUACCUCUCAGCAUCGCCUGUACCUCUCAGCAUCUCCUGUACCUCUCAGCAUGGCCUGUACUUCAGCAUCUCCUACCUCUCAGCAUGGCCUGUACCUCUCAGCAUCUCCUGUACCUCUCAGCAUGGCCUGUACCUCUCAGCAUGGCCUGUACCUCUCAGCACGCUCUGUACCUCUCAGCAUGGCCUCACACAGCUCAUUGCCACAGCAGAGUCCAACGCAGGUACUGUCACAAGGGCAUGACAGAAAAUCAGACAGGGUCACAGAAUUCAUUCUCCUGGGAUCUCCGCUCAGCCUGAGGAUUCUGAUGCUCCUCUCUGGGCUCUUCUCCCUGUUCUACAUCUUCACCCUGUUGGGAAACGGGGCCAUCCUGGGGCUCAUCUGGCUGGACUCCAGACUGCACACCCCCAUGCACUUCUUCCUCUCACAGCUGGCCAUCGUUGAUAUUUCGUAUGCUUCCAACAAUGUCCCCAAGAUGAUGACAAAUCUUCUGAACAAGAGAAAAACAGUCUCCUUUGUCCCAUGCAUAAUGCAGACCUUUUUAUACAUGGCUUUUGCUCACACCGAGUGUCUCAUCUUGGUAAUGAUGUCCUGUGAUCGGUACGUGGCUAUCUGCCACCCUCUGAAAUAUUCUGUCAUGAAAUGGAGAGUGUGCACAGUCCUGGCUGUCACUUCCUGGGCAUGUGGCUCCCUUCUGGCCCUGGUCCAUGUGGUUCUCAUCCUGAGGCUGCCCUUCUGUGGGCCUCAUGAAAUCAACCACUUCUUCUGUGAAAUCCUGUCUGUCCUCAGGCCGGCCUGUGCUGAUACCUGGUUCAACCAGGUGGUCAUCUUUUCUGCUUCCGUGUUCAUCCUGGUGGGGCUGCUCUGCCUCGUGCUGGUCUCCUACUCCCACAUCCUGGCGGCCAUGCUGAGGAUCCAGUCUGGAGAGGGCCGCAGAAAGGCCUUCUCCACCUGCUCCUCUCACCUCUAUGUGGGGCUCUUCUUUGGCAGUGCCGUUGUCAUGUACAUGGCCCUCAAGUCCCGCCAUCCUGAGGAGCAGCAGAAGGUCCUUUCCCUGUUUUACAGCCUUUUCAACCCGAUGCUGAACCCUCUGAUCUACAGCCUGAGGAAUGCAGAGGUCAAAGGUGCCCUGAAAAGAGUGUUGUAGAAACAGAGAUCAAGGUGA